AUGGUAUCCAGGGACCAUCGCGACGAUUCGGCUAUGGCAGACGCAAGUCCCAUCACCGUAGCCGAGUCAAUGCGAGGCGCCACUAUCAGUCCUAUAUCUCCGAGCCGCCGCUACGCAGAGCUAUCACUGAUGCUCCCCCGACUCGAAGACCUUCAUGUACAGGACAAGAGUUCUGACGUGCCCGCGCCCCCGUCAGCCCUCGUCAGCAGCCCUACAACAGCCGGCACGCUGGCCUGCCGUAGAAGACAAACCGUCAAGCCCUUGACGGCGUCCGACCGGAACCUCUACUUCCAGCGCUUCCGCGAGGGCCUCUGGCGCCGAGGCUCGCGGGAUUUCGGCAACUAUGAGCACGCCGAUGUUUUCGUCUCGGCGGCGGAACUUCGUCGGCUGUCCUGUGCCACUGACGGCGACGGCGUGGUGGACAGCAGCCAGCUGUCCGUUCGCGUGGUGAUUCAUUCCAAGGAUCGGAGCCCCCGCGGCCUUAAGAGGGACUUCGACCUGGUCGCGCUCCGUGCCACGAUUCCCGAGCCGUUGCCUUCACCACGCUCACCCAACUUUGAUCGCGCCUCGCUGCUCUCAGUCCUGGAGGGUGAAGCUGCCCCCUCGUCGCCGUGUGAGUCGCCGGUUAUGCCUACGGCACCACGCCCCGUGAGCGACGGGAGCAAGGACUCACCGCGGAAUGCACCCGGGCCGGCGGACCGGCGUACUCACUGCUCCGGCUCGCGACCUGUACCAAUACACCUUCAAUACGCCCGCUCUCAUCUCCCCGUCCUGGCGGCCAUCAUGAUGUCGGAGCAGGUGCGAAAGGGGGACGUGAUAGAGCUUCCCCUGCCACACCCGCGGGCGUGGCCCGAGACGGUGGCUUUCAUGUACACUGGCGAGGAGGAGCUUUUGACGGAGCAGGUGAAGCGGAAUAUUGUGUAUCUGGGUGGAAAGGUGUGA